AUGUGUGUCGCCGACGACAACUCCACCAUUCGCAUCAGCUUUGACCCUCGCUUGGGCUCCUGGUCUUACGUCGGGAACAAAGUUGGCCAUACACUUCGCCUCACGUUGAAGGAGUCUCCAAUCAAACUUUACACCAGGACCCAAGAUUGGACCAAGCAACAGGUUCACGAACAGAUUUUGGACGUAUACGAUGCUCGUAAUGUCAGUAACUACUCCACAAUCUAUCUCAAGUCCGUUAUUGUGUACGUCCUGAGACGGGGAAUUAUUCAACCAUUAUUGUGUAUGUACUUCGAAAUCAAAGCCCACAACGUUCUAACUAAUAUCGAAACGGCGUUUAUGUCAAUUAACUGGUAA